AGCUAGUCAAGUGACUUUUGUGGUUGGGGUUGCAAGAAAAGUCGUUUGGGCUGUAUGUCGUCUAAGAGAUUAGUUGGUUUGAUGAGUGCAACGUUUUCGAUAUGAUGAUUACGGGUGCCGGUUAGUGGUAUUUUGUGUGAUUGAGCAAAGUUUUCGCCCAAGGAAACGGAUGAGCCGUCCAACCGAGCAUCACAGCAAAGUGCAAUUGCGGGACGAUUGCAAACCGGUUAUGCCCCUUUUAACAGUAAAUUCGCAAAGGUCCAGUUCUCGUGUGUGUGGGCAUUACAGAAAAAGUUGAGAAAAACAAAGGCGGUCUGGAAGGAGUUGAGCUCGCUCGCCGCAGUGUUUGGACGUGAAAGUGCAUCGAUCAAAAUCCGGCCCAACUAGGGAAUCGCGGGGGCCGUCAGUCGUUCGAAAUGGAUUGUCUCCUGUUGUCAUUCGCGCUGGCAGUUUUAGAUACGCUGUAGAAGAAGAAAGCGCAGCCAUAAAAAGUUUGCAUUUGACAGAUGGUGACAGGCUUUCCAAAUGUUGAUUACAUUCAAGUUCGACCACAAUCUGGAGAUCGAAAACUGGUUUUUUGUUGUCCCGAACGAGACUUUUAGGGAGUGCAGUGCCGUAAAAAGUGGAUUUGAAUUGUAAUUGAAUUUCGCUGUGGAAUCGGGGGACGAGUACGUUCGCGACUUUCCGCUGCAACUUGAUCUGUUUUCGCGGAGUGUACAAGUGCAACAAGCUGAGCCGAACAAAAUGGGCUACGACCUGAAUCGCUUUCAGGGGGAGGUCGACGAGGAGUUGACUUGUCCUAUAUGUUCAGGAGUUCUCGAGGAGCCUCUGCAGGUAAAUCGCCAAGAUGCAGCUUUAUGUGAACACGCUUUUUGUCGUGCUUGCAUAACAGAAUGGCUUUCUCGCCAACCAACCUGCCCUGUCGAUCGCAAUGCCCUCACGACAGCAAAUCUUAGAGCAGUUCCUCGAAUUUUACGUAAUUUGCUUUCGCGACUUUCUAUUACAUGUGAUAACGCCAUGUACGGCUGUACAUUAGUACUAAAAUUAGACGCCCUUGCCGGCCAUUUAGAGGAGUGCGAACACAAUCCGAAACGACCACUACCAUGCGAAAAGGGAUGUGGAUUUGUAAUACCAAAAGAUGAAUUUAAAGAUCACAAUUGCGUGAGGGAAUUACGUUCGCUGAUUCAUACUCAACAACAGAAAUUGGGUGAAUUGAAAACAGAAAUUAGCGAUCAAAAUCUAACAAUAAACGAGCUCAAACGGGAAUUGCAACUAUUCAAGGACUUCAUGAGAGCUAUGCGCGUCUCUAAUCCAGCAAUGCGAGCGAUCGCUGAUCAGAUGGAACGCGAUGAAGUUGUGAGGUGGAGCAGUACUUUGGCGAGAGCGAGAGUGACACGUUGGGGCGGAAUGAUCUCUACUCCAGACGAUGCACUUCAGAUGAUGAUAAAGAGAGCACUGUCUGAGUCUGGAUGUCCACCACAUAUACUCGAUGAUCUGAUGGAAAAUUGCCAUGAACGCCGGUGGCCACGUGGCUUAAGCUCCUUGGAAACGCGGCAGAAUAACCGCCGAAUUUACGACAAUUACAUUUGUCGUCGAAUACCUGGAAAACAAGCCGUUUUAGUUUUGAGUUGUGAUAAUUCCCAUAUGGCAGAGGACGUAAUGGUGGAUCCUGGAUUAGUUAUGAUAUUUGCUCACGAAGCAGCGGGAAAGUCACCAAUAUGUGUAUAUUUGAAUAAAUAAGACUUUAGAGAAAACCGCAAAAUUAUUAAUUGGAAUGCGCAACAUGUGAAAAGUUACGCGAAAUUUAAUUUGACGAUUUUGAAUUUUGAUUUCAUCAUUCCGCCAGAAGUCAUGAUUCCUGGAAACAAGUGAUGCUUGUAGCAAAUUAAUUUGUUUAUAUCAGCCCGCCAGUCAAUGAAUAUCCGCUGUCAUAACUAAUAUUUUAUCAGAAGGUAAUUAGUAGACUAUUUCGAAGGGGAAGGAGUGGUAUCUAACAUAGUGCUUAGAAUCUGGAAGAUUUUGCUUUAGUUUGCUUCCUUCCCACUUUCAUAAGUAGCCCUUAAUUAAGCAAAAGUACAAGAUUUACAUUAAUACGAAUACCUAUUUUUACACAGAACUACAAGUUUAAGAUGCUCCAAUAUGAAGCGCCUGAAUUGCGAAUGUGACUUUCUUUGUUUCAAAAUGUUACGUUUCUCAUUUAGUGGAGAAAUUAAGGACUCAGAAAUAUAACAAAUUGUUUCAUUACAACAAAUAAAAUCGAAUAAAUAAAGAAAGUGGCAUAUUUAUCUAUUGAAUCAUGCUUUGCCUCCGAAACUCAUUAAAGUGUCCAUUUGUAUAGUUCAGUUCGAAUUCCUUUCAAUGGCAGAUUUUAUUAUUUUGGUGGCAAUUGUGAGUAAAUAUGAUUAAAAUGCUUUGUGAUUUAUUAUUUAAAGCGGAGGCUGUAUGCUAAGUGUCAAUAUUUUAACACGUAAGAAUUACAAUAAAUGGAAAUUAUGAAACAAUGAACAACAUUGUUCGUAAUAAUCUACUCA